GGCGGGUAAAGCAACAGUUUGGCAACUGUGCUUUGUUGAUAUCCGAAACGUCAAAAUUAUUGUUUUUCUGCUAGUUAUUUUCGGAUACUUAGCGAAUACAUUCAGAAGACUUUUGACUUUCAAAACAAUGGCCGUGUGUAUCGGUUUCAUUGGAAAAGAGAAUUCACCGUUAUUUCUUCGGUGCAUAAAUCAAUCGCAAGAACUCCAAUUUCAUUACAUUAUGCAUACGUGCAUCGAUUUCGUGGAGGAAAAAAUCAUCCAAAGCAACAAAUCUGGAAGUGAUGUCCGAGAACUGUAUCUUGGCCUACUCUAUUCCAGUGAAGAAGUCAAAGCAUAUGGCUUUGUCACAAACACAAAAGUUAAAAUUGUGAUCAUAAUUGACUCCACCAAUUCUCUUUUAAGAGAUAAUGAAAUUCGAGCAAUAUUUAGAAAGUUACACAAUGCCUACACUGAAUUAGUUUGCAACCCCUUCUAUACACCAGGAGAUCCCAUCACAUCCAAGUCGUUCGGUGCUCUUGUCGACGAGUUGUUGGCGUCAUCUAGUUAAGAUAUAAAUAAAUGCUUUGCCACUGUA